AUGAUUAUUGCACGUGACAAUAAAUAUUUUAUCAAAACAAAAAAGGAGAUAAUUAAACAUACAUGGAAACUGGAUGUUAAACAUUGUACCAAGCUAUCGCUGGUCAAUCAUUAUUUUCUAUCUAUUGUACAGCAGCUGGAUGUAGAGUUAACAGAGAACAGGUUGUUGGAACCGUUGAUGCACUGUGUAGCAGAGAAUCAUCAUCGAUCAGAUCUAUGUAGAUUUAAAUGUCUAAACACCUUGGGUGUAAAUAUCAAGUAUGCCAGCGAUAAGAAUCGAGAGAACUUUAAACAAAUGCUAUCGAGCCAACAAUGGAGAGAAUGGUGUUUGGACUCUCCGAAAGACCUACAUAUCUACUUUAAAGAUCUAGAAAGCUAUCAUUCGUAUGAUACUAAUCACUAUCUCGAUAUCAAUACAUCGAUUAUCUCAACUAGACAACAACAGCAAUUACUAAUAGAUUAUCUGUUUGGAGAAGAGAGUAAUUUACAAACGAUUGUUGUUCAAGCGUAUUCCAAUGCACUGCCAAAAGUCAAGAGAAGAAUUCGCAUUGCAUUGUUGGACUUGAACUAUACUUUUAAGAAUAAUUCACAAAUGCAACAGCAAGCAAAACAAGCAACAAAAGAAGGAUGGUUUACUGGUUUCAAUCAAAUCGAUCAGUUAUUUAUCAUUCCGAAUGGAUGUAUCAAUCAAACACUCACCGAUAAAUAUGAAUCGUUGUUGAAAAAAGAAUGCUCAACUCUGUGUAGUGACGAUACAGAAUUACGAUUCGACACACCUACUUUUAAAUAUGAAUUCGACUAUGGUGAAUGUGUAUUUACUACCGAUGACUUCCAAGAGAUCAAUGAUGAAAGUCAGCAUAUCGGAAUGACCGAAGAGGAAUGGAAUGAGAUUGUUAAUUCACAAUUCGAUGAUUAG